GGGCUCCGGGAGCGCGGCUGUGGGGUCGCCUGGGGCAGAGCGCGCUGAGCCCUGAGGGGAACCGCUGCCUGCUGCAUGGAGGACCUGGCGGUGCCCGGGGCCGGGGGCCCGCCAGCCAACGGCAACGGCAAUGGCAACGGCAACGGCGGCGGCAAAGGGAAGCAGGCUGCCCCCAAGGGCCGCGACGCGUUCCGAAGCCAGCGGCGGGAGUCGGAGGGCUCUGUGGACUGCCCCACUCUGGAGUUUGAGUAUGGAGAUGCAGAUGGACAUGCAGCAGAGUUGUCAGAAUUGUAUAGCUACACUGAGAACCUGGAAUUUGCCAAUAACAGGAGAUGCUUUGAAGAAGAUUUCAAGAUGCAAGUCCAGGGCAAGGAAUGGCUGGAAUUGGAGGAAGAUGCUCAAAAGGCCUAUUUAAUGGGACUGCUAGACCAGCUGGAGGUGGUCAGUAGGGAGCGGCGUCUGAAGGUGGCCCGGGCUGUUCUCUAUCUGGCCCAAGGCACUUUUGGGGAAUGUGAUUCAGAGGUCGAUGUGCUACACUGGUCCAGGUACAACUGCUUCCUGCUCUAUCAGAUGGGGACCUUCUCGGCCUUCCUGGAGCUACUCCACAUGGAAAUCGACAGCAGCCAGGCCUGUGGCAGUGCCCUUCGGAAACCAGCCGUCUCCAUUGCUGACAGCACAGAGCUCCGAGUGCUGCUGAGUGUCAUGUACCUAAUGGUGGAAAACAUCCGCCUGGAGCGAGAGACAGAUCCCUGUGGGUGGAGGACAGCCCGGGAGACCUUCCGCACUGAAUUGAGCUUCUCCAUUCAUAAUGAAGAGCCCUUUGCCCUUCUGCUCUUCUCCAUGGUUACCAAGUUCUGCAGUGGCCUGGCUCCCCACUUCCCCAUAAAGAAGGUCCUGCUCCUGCUCUGGAAGGUGGUCAUGUUUACCCUUGGUGGAUUUGAGCAUUUGCAGGCUCUCAAAAUACAGAAGCGGGCAGAACUGGGCCUGCCUCCCCUGGCUGAAGACAGUAUCCAGGUGGUGAAGAGCAUGCGUGCCGCCUCCCCGCCCUCUUACACUCUCGACCUGGGGGAGUCUCAGCUGGCACCACCACCCUCCAAGCUGCGAGGCCGCCGUGGUUCUCGAAGGCAACUCCUCACUAAGCAGGACAGCCUGGACAUCUACAAUGAAAGGGAUCUCUUUAAAACUGAGGAGCCAGCCACAGAGGAGGAAGAGGAGUCUGCUGGUGAUGGAGAACGGGCCUUGGAUGGAGAGUUAGAUCUGCUGGAGCAGGACCCUCUGGUGCCACCUCCACCCUCACAGGCACCCCUCUCUGCUGAGCGGGUGGCCUUUCCCAAGGGCCUACCUUGGGCCCCAAAGGUCAGACAGAAGGACAUUGAACACUUCUUGGAAAUGAGCAGGAACAAGUUCAUCGGAUUCACCCUGGGGCAGGACACAGAUACCUUGGUUGGAUUACCCAGGCCCAUCCAUGAGAGUGUGAAGACUCUAAAACAGCACAAGUAUAUCUCCAUCGCAGAUGUGCAGAUCAAGAAUGAAGAGGAGCUGGAGAAGUGCCCCAUGUCUUUGGGAGAAGAGGUGGUACCAGAGACGCCAUGUGAAGUCCUCUACCAGGGCAUGCUGUACAGCCUCCCGCAGUACAUGAUCGCUCUACUUAAGAUUCUGCUGGCUGCAGCCCCCACCUCCAAGACUAAGACAGACUCUAUCAAUAUCCUGGCAGACGUCCUGCCUGAGGAGAUGCCUGUCACUGUUCUCCAGAGCAUGAAGCUGGGCAUCGAUGUGAACAGGCAUAAGGAGAUCAUUGUAAAAAGUAUCUCUGCCCUGCUCCUGCUACUCCUCAAACAUUUCAAACUUAACCAUAUUUACCAGUUUGAAUAUGUAUCGCAACAUUUGGUAUUUGCCAACUGCAUCCCCUUGAUCCUGAAGUUCUUCAAUCAAAAUAUCUUGUCAUACAUCACUGCCAAAAACAGCAUCUCGGUUCUUGAUUACCCUUGCUGUACCAUCCAGGAUUUGCCGGAGCUUACUACUGAAAGCCUGGAAGCUGGAGACAACAACCAGUUCUGUUGGAGGAACCUCUUUUCCUGCAUCAACCUCCUAAGGUUGCUCAAUAAACUGACGAAAUGGAAACAUUCCAGGACCAUGAUGCUAGUGGUGUUUAAAUCAGCUCCCAUCCUAAAGCGGGCCCUCAAGGUCAAACAGGCCAUGCUACAACUUUAUGUCCUAAAGCUGCUAAAGAUACAGACCAAGUACUUGGGGCGCCAGUGGAGGAAAAGCAACAUGAAAACCAUGUCAGCCAUUUACCAGAAAGUACGCCACCGCAUGAAUGAUGACUGGGCAUACGGGAAUGACAUUGAUGCCAGGCCAUGGGACUUCCAAGCCGAAGAAUGUACUUUGAGAGCCAACGUUGAGGCUUUUAACAGCCGCCGGUAUGACCGACCCCAAGAUUCUGAAUUUUCACCUGUGGAUAACUGCUUGCAGAGUGUACUGGGGCAGAAGUUGGAUCUGCCUGAAGAUUUCCACUAUUCAUAUGAGCUCUGGCUGGAGCGUGAGGUGUUUUCACAGCCCAUCUGUUGGGAGGAACUGCUCCAGAAUCACUAACUGAGCUCUUGUCAACAAAGCAUCGAUAGAUGGAGGUUGGCUCCAAUAAAUGGUGCUCUGCCUACCUUGCCCAUCCAGCCUUCAUUGCCAUUUCUAGGAGUGGUUGUCAAAGGGAGAUCUGGCUAAGCACUAGGACAUCCAGUAUAGUUUAGGGCUUUUCUGGGAGCUAUUGGGCCUAGACAUGAUGCAAGGCUGGGAUCCUAAUUCACAACAAAAUGACUUUUUUUUUUUUUUCACUGUAGUAUGCCCAGGGGUCAGUUGGGUGCCCAGUUAGCCUCAGCUGGCCACAAGAGUGAGAGGAAGUUUAUUGUGGCAUUCGACUGGUAACUUUCAUCACAGACAGUGGGGGGCGCAGGUCGUAAAUUAGGGAGAAAGUUUUCUUCUUAUUCACUGUGGAUUCUUAGGACUUUUAAGAGGUUUGGCAAAACCAACUUUGAAAUUAAGUCUAUAUUUUAAGUUUUAAAUUUUGACACUCACUCUUUCUAAAAUCAUUAGCUCUAAAAUGAUUUUAGAGCACCUUCACCUUUGUGGAAGAUGAUGAUUUACUAUUCCCUACAUAGUGCAUGUUAUAGAAAAGUAUGUUGU